AAUCUCUGUAGCCUUCUUUGGUGUAGGCACAGCAGGCUGCCUCUAACACACACAAUAUAUUAGCAGUAGUGCUGAAGCCUGUGUCAGUGCCGAUGUUUAAAAUGAAGUGGUGGCUGCUGUCCCUCCUAUUUGACAGCUGAAUUUUUACUCCGUGUUUCACGAUCAUCACUGGAAGAGCUAGGAAAUUUUGUUGCCACUGGCAUUUUUUUUAUUUAAAUGUCAUCAAUGGGCGUUUCUCCUUCUGCUCUAGCAUCAUUGUCCUGCUCACAGAUAUUAAGACUAAGAAGCUUGAUUCUCUAAGGCUUGUAUCCAAGGGCAUCAGUCAUUAACACACUGAGCUACAUCUGCUUCUUGGCUAAGACUGAAGAAAGACAUCUUAAGCUGGAAAUCCUGCUUGCUCGCCGCUCUCUCUCUCUCUCUAUCACACACACUGCAUAUGCUGCAGCAGGUUCUUUUUUUAUUCCAAAAGGCUGCCUCACUUUGGAGAUGCAGUGACAAGAUAAUGAAGUAAAAGUCUCCCAUUUCCAAGAAAGAAAAUUAUAGGAGUCAGCAAUCAAAAGGGAAGAACAAGUUAAAUAGCAGUAGCAACAGAAGAGGAGUGGAAGGAGGACAGUGGUUCAGAAUUAAAAUAAAAUUAGAGGAAACAGGUGGAAGGCUCACAAGACACUGAGAUAAUUUAGGCUUAAGUGUCUGUUUCGUUCAUUCUGUUAUUUUCUAAGCAGUUUUUGGAGAUUCCUAAGCAGUGCUGUUUUACCAUAGCAGCUUCCCAAACCUGCCUUUUCACUCUCCCUGGCUGCUGCUGCUACUACUGUUGCUGCUGCUGACAGAAACGUGUUAGGAAAGCAGAAAGAGAAAAUGCCAGCCAUCCUAGUGGCCUCCAAAAUGAAAUCGGGACUACCUAAACCCGUACACAGCGCUGCUCCCAUCCUGCAUGUCCCGACGGCCAGGACCAUCCCGCAACCCUGUUACCUGAAGUUUGGGAACAAGGUGGAGGUGACCAAGCCAUCGUAUUCCAGCCAGAUCCCCCUCAAAUCACCUCAUGGACAUGAGAAUGCAGGGGAUGGGUUCCCCCCCAGGAAGAGUAACUCUCUAGAAAAUGGAUUUGACACACAGAUUUACACGGAUUGGGCUAAUCACUAUCUCGCAAAAUCUGGUCACAAACGAUUGAUCAAGGACCUACAGCAAGAUGUGACUGAUGGAGUCUUACUGGCUGAAAUCAUCCAGGUUGUAGCGAAUGAAAAGAUUGAAGACAUCAAUGGCUGUCCAAAGAACAGAUCUCAAAUGAUUGAAAACAUAGAUGCAUGUCUGAGUUUCUUGGCUGCCAAGGGAAUAAACAUACAGGGUCUAUCAGCAGAGGAAAUCAGGAAUGGGAAUCUAAAGGCCAUUCUAGGACUUUUCUUCAGCUUGUCUCGGUAUAAGCAGCAGCAGCAGCAGCCACUGAAACAACAUCCGCAGCACCAUCCAUCUCAGCAACCUCCACCAGUAUCCCAGCAACCAGGGCCUCCAUCCCAGUGUCCGGUCGGGGUGCAACAGCAACAGAUGCCGGCUUCGCCCCAAACACAGUGCCAACAGCCCCAGCAAGCUGCACAUCAUCAAUUAAAAGCACAACCAGAAAUGCAGUCAAGUGCAUCACCCAGGGACUCAUCUCAAAGCAAAAUCAUCCGAUUCACUCUCGGUCAGAAAAAGACUUCUAGACUUCCAGGUCCCACCACGAGGGUAUCUGCUGCAGGCAGCGAAACCAAAACUCGUGGGUCUAUCAGUGCCAACAACCGGCGCAGCCAGAGCUUUAACAACUACGACAAAUCCAAACCUGUUAAUCCACAACCACCUCCAUCAAAUAGCAAUGAAAAAGAGCCAGCAGACAGUACAGCCUCCCAGUCCACAGGAAUGAAUGAAAAUGUACCAUCUUCAGUUCAAAGCAGCAGCAGUACAAAUGCUGUUAGUUGCAAUAACUCAUCGGCCAUACCCCAGCCCAGCUCUGCCAUUAAACCCUGGCGCAGCAAGUCCCUUAGUGCGAAGCACACAGCCACGUCUUCCAUGUUAUCUGUAAAGCAGCCAAUUCCAGAGUCUCCAAAACCACCUUCAGAAAUGGUCAAAGCCACUCCCAAUGGUCAAAAAUCCAUGCUUGAGAAAUUAAAACUCUUCAAUAGCAAAGGAGGCUCCAAAGCAGGAGGAACAUCCCUUGAGUGCUCAGGGUCUCGGGACACUAGCUGUGAAAGACUAGAGGCACUUCCCAGCUUUGAGGAAAGUGAAGAGAUAGAUGCUGCAAAUCGGAAUAUGAACAACCCAGGACCAACAUCCAGUAGCCCCAAAAUUGCACUGAAGGGCAUUGCACAAAGAACUUUUAGCCGGGCACUGACUAAUAAGAAAAGUUCCCCAAAGGGCAGUGAGAAAGAGAAACAGAAAGAGAAGGAAAAGGAUAAAAGCAAAGACAUCGCAAAAAGGAUAUCCGUAACAGAGAAGCAGGAGAUGAAAGAGGAGCCAAAAGAAGAACAGACAGCACCAGCUACAACAGAGAUGCCAAAAAAGUCCUCCAAGAUUGCAAGCUUUAUCCCUAAAGGAGGAAAGCUGAAUAGUGCCAAGAAGGAGGCCUCUGCCCCUUCGCACAGUGGCAUACCAAAACCAGGAAUGAAAAACACCACAGGGAAAUCCUCAAGUGCCCCAACUUCUGCAAAGGAAGGUGAGAGAAGCCGCAGUGGAAAACCUGGCUCAGGGCUCUCUCAACAGAAGACCCAACUAGACAGCAGGAAUUCCAGUUCCACUUCAAGUUUAGCCUCCUCAGAAGGAAAAGGGAUAGGAGGGGUGUCUGCUCUUAACAGUAGCAGCAGCACCCAAGCUGUCAACGGGCCAGUUAGUACCACACAGACUACCGGAAGCAAUACUGUGAGUGUUCAGCUACCUCAUCCACAACAGCAAUACAACCAUCCGAACACUGCCACAGUAGCUCCUUUCAUGUACAGAUCACAGACAGACAAUGAAGGGAAUGUAACAGCUGAGUCCGGCACGGGAGGGGUGAGCAUGGAUACUGCUCUUUACACUAAAACUGGACAGCCUGGUCUCGAAGACCUUUCAGGGGAGGAUCCAGAAACUCGACGAUUGCGAACUGUCAAGAACAUUGCUGAUCUUCGACAGAAUUUAGAGGAGACCAUGUCCAGCUUACGGGGAACCCAGGUCUCUCACAGCACAUUGGAGACCACGUUUGACACCAAUGUCACUACUGAAAUAAGUGGUCGCAGUAUUCUCAGCUUGACUGGAAGACCAACGCCUUUAUCGUGGAGACUUGGGCAGUCCAGCCCCCGCCUUCAGGCAGGUGAUGCUCCAUCAAUGGGAAAUGGGUAUCCUCCAAGAGCCAAUGCCAGCCGUUUCAUCAACGCUGAGUCUGGGCGUUAUAUGUAUUCAGCACCUUUGAGGAGACAGCUAGCAUCCCGCGGUAGUAACGUUUGUCACAUGGACAUCUCAGAGAAGGGUGGUGAUGAGAUAGAUCUUGAAACCAUCAGCAUGGAUGCCACUGGCUAUAUGAGCGAUGGCGAUGUUCUGGGCAAGAAUAUAAGGACUGAUGACAUUACGAGUGGGUACAUGACUGAUGGUGGUUUGGGCCUGUACACUCGUAGACUGAAUCGGCUACCAGAUGGGAUGGCUGCAGUGCGGGAGACACUGCAGCGUAACACCUCACUGGGACUAGGAGAUGCUGACAGCUGGGAUGACAGCAGCUCCGUCAGCAGUGGGAUCAGUGACACCAUAGAUAACCUCAGCACCGAUGACAUUAACACCAGCUCCUCCAUCAGCUCCUAUGCCAACACACCUGCCUCCUCCCGUAAAAACAUAGAUGCACAGACUGAUGCAGAAAAGCAUUCGCAGGUUGAGCGGAAUUCCCUGUGGUCCAGUGAUGAAGUCAAGAAAUCUGAUGGAGGAUCAGAUAGUGGCAUAAAGAUGGAGUCUGGAUCUAAAUGGAGGCGAAAUCCUUCCGAUGUGUCUGAUGAAUCUGAUAAAAGCACUUCUGGUAGGAAGAACACUGUCAUUUCACAGACUGGUUCCUGGAGGCGGGGCAUGUCAGCUCAGGUUGGCAUUACUACACCGAGGACUAAACCUUCAACUACCUCAGGCUCACUGAAGACACCUGGAUCAGGGAAAACUGAUGAUGCCAAGGUAUCAGAAAAAGGUAGACUUUCUCCUAAAGCUGGACAUGUUAAACGUUCUCCAUCAGAUGCAGGACGCAGCAGUGGUGAUGAAUCCAAAAAGCCUCCCACAAGUAACUCUAGAACAGCUGCUGCUAAUACAAAUACAUUUGGAUUUAAGAAACCGAGUGGGUCAGCUGGCGGCAUGACUAUGAUUACUGCCAGUGGCGCGACUAUCACCAGCAGAUCAGCUACACUGGGCAAAAUCCCCAAAUCAUCUGGACUCAUGGGUCGGUCCACUGGUCGGAAAACUAGUGUUGAUGGCUCACAAAACCAGGACGAUGGCUACUUAGCACUUAGUGCCCGCACUAAUCUUCAGUAUCGUAGUUUACCCAGACCCAGUAAAUCCAGUAGCAGAAGUGGAGCUGGUAAUAGAUCUAGUACCAGUAGCAUAGACUCCAACAUAAGCAGCAAGUCAGCUGGGUUGCCUGUCCCUAAAAUGAGAGAGCCAGCUAAGGUAUCCCUCGGAAGCUCUCUGCCAGGUCUAGUCAACCAAACAGAUAAAGAGAAAGGGAUAUCGUCUGACAACGAAAGUGUGGCUUCAUGUAAUUCUGUUAAAGUGAACCCUGCAUCACAGACUGCUUCUAGUGGAGCUCAAAGCACUCACCAACAAGGAGCCAAGUACCCUGACGUGGCCUCCCCCACUUUGCGCAGACUUUUUGGUGGAAAACCAAGUAAGCAAGUUCCCAUCACAACAGCUGACAAUAUGAAAAAUUCAGUGGUGAUCUCCAAUCCUCAUGCUACCUUGAGCCAGCCGGGUAACCUUGAUUCUCCUUCUGGCAGCGGUAUACUGAGCAGUGGGGGCAGCAGUCCUCUUUACAGUAAAAACACAGAUACGAACCAGUCUCCGUUAGCCUCUAGUCCCAGUUCCGCCCAUUCAGCUCCCUCCAACAGUUUAACUUGGGGUACCAACGCAAGUAGCUCUUCCGCUGUUAGCAAGGAUGGCAUUGGAUAUCAGUCUGUCAGCAGUCUUCACACCAGCUGUGAAUCCAUUGAUAUCUCUCUCAGCAGCGGAGGUGGGGUGAGCCAUAACUCAUCCAGUGGCUUGAUCGCAGCUUCUAAAGAUGAUUCUUUGACUCCCUUUGUCAGAACCAACAGUGUUAAGACAACUUUGUCUGAAAGCCCUCUCUCUUCCCCUGGUGCUAGUCCCAAAUUCUGCAGAAAUACUUUACCCAGGAGACAGGACAGCGACCCACAUCUUGAUAGGAACACUUUGCCUAAGAAGGGAUUCAGGUAUACCCCUUCAUCCCAACUUCGGAGUCAAGAGGAUGCAAAAGAAUGGCUACGUUCACAUUCAGCAGGAGGCCUUCAGGACACUGCUGUCAAUUCUCCAUUUUCAUCUGGCUCCAGUAUAACAUCACCCUCUGGAACUAGAUUUAAUUUCUCCCAGCUUGCAAGCCCUACUACUGCGGUCCAGAUGAGCUUGUCAAAUCCAACCAUGCUACGGACGCACAGCCUUUCCAAUGCAGAUGGUCCUUAUGAUCCUUACAGUGACACACGCUUCCGGAAUAGUUCAAUGUCACUAGAUGAGAAGAGUAGAACUAUGAGCCGUUCUGGGUCAUUCCGUGAUGGCUUUGAAGAAGUGCAUGGAUCCUCUCUCUCCUUGGUGUCCAGUACAUCAUCUAUUUAUUCAACGCCUGAAGAAAAAUGCCAGUCAGAGAUUCGCAAGCUACGAAGGGAGUUGGAUGCAUCCCAGGAGAAGGUGUCAGCUCUAACAACUCAGUUGACUGCUAAUGCUCACCUUGUGGCAGCGUUUGAGCAGAGCCUUGGAAACAUGACUAUUAGACUACAGAGUCUGACUAUGACAGCAGAACAAAAGGAUUCAGAACUGAAUGAGUUAAGGAGAACCAUUGAACUCCUGAAAAAGCAGAAUGCUGCUGCCCAAGCUGCCAUUAAUGGAGUAAUUAACACACCUGAGCUCACCUGCAAAGGUACUGGGACUGCCCAACCUGCUGACCUGCGAAUCAGAAGGCAACACUCUUCAGAUAGUGUCUCUAGUAUUAACAGUGCUACUAGUCACUCCAGCGUGGGAAGCAACAUCGAGAGUGAUUCAAAGAAAAAGAAGAGGAAGAACUGGGUCAAUGAGUUACGCAGCUCCUUCAAGCAAGCAUUUGGUAAAAAGAAAUCCCCCAAGUCAGCAUCUUCUCAUUCAGAUAUUGAGGAGAUGACUGAUUCGUCAUUACCUUCAUCACCAAAGCUACCACACAAUGGCUCAACUGUUUCUACCCCGUUGCUCAGAGCUUCUCAUUCCAAUUCUCUUAUUUCUGAAUGUACUGACAGUGAAGCUGAAACAGUCAUGCAGUUACGCAACGAGCUAAGAGACAAAGAGAUGAAGCUGACUGAUAUUCGUCUGGAGGCCCUUAGCUCUGCCCACCAGCUAGACCAGCUUCGGGAGGCCAUGAACAGGAUGCAGAGCGAGAUUGAGAAGUUAAAAGCAGAAAAUGACCGGUUGAAGUCUGAAAACCAUGGCAGCUGUAGCAGGGCUCAGUCUCAGGUUUCCAUUUCAUCCUCGCCAAGACAGUCCAUGGGUCUCUCUCAGCACAGCCUGAACCUCACAGAGUCUACCAGCCUCGACAUGCUAUUAGAUGACCCUGGUGAUGGCUGUGCCCGGAAGGAAGGAGGCAGGCAUGUUAAAAUAGUUGUUAACUUUCAGGAUGAAAUUAAAUGGAAGGAGGAUUCCAGGCCCCGCCUCUUCCUCAUUGGCUGCAUUGGAGUCAGUGGCAAGACAAAAUGGGAUGUACUGGAUGGGGUUGUUAGACGGUUAUUUAAGGAAUAUAUCAUUCAUGUGGAUCCAGUGAGUCAGCUAGGAUUGAAUUCAGACAGUGUUUUGGGAUACAACAUUGGGGAAAUCAAACGCACAAAUAGUGCCGAGACUCCUGAACUGCUGCCCUGUGGCUAUCUGGUUGGCGAAAACAACACCAUCUCAGUUACUAUCAAAGGUAUCUGUGAGAACAGUUUGGACUGUCUGGUGUUUGAGUCACUGAUUCCAAAGCCUAUACUUCAGCGAUAUGUCUCUCUCUUAAUGGAACAUAGACGGAUUAUCUUGUCUGGGCCAAGUGGCACUGGUAAAACGUACCUAGCAAAUCGUCUUUCUGAGUUUAUGGUACUUAGAGAGGGCAGAGAGCUGGCUGAUGGAGUUAUUGCAACCUUCAACGUGGAUCAUAAGUCCAGUAAGGAACUGCGUCAAUACUUGUCCAACCUUGCUGACCAAUGUAAUAGCGAAAAUAAUGCUGUGGAUAUGCCUCUUGUCAUCAUUCUGGACAAUUUGCAUCAUGUUAGCUCCCUAGGAGAGAUCUUCAAUGGGCUUCUGAACUGCAAGUACCAUAAAUGUCCUUACAUUAUUGGCACAAUGAACCAGGCCACAUCCUCAACACCUAACCUUCAACUACACCACAAUUUCAGAUGGGUGCUAUGUGCUAACCACACUGAGCCAGUCAAGGGCUUUCUUGGUCGUUUCCUGAGACGAAAACUAAUUGAAACAGAAAUCAGUGGUAGGAUGAGAAAUGCAGAACUGGUUAAAAUCAUUGACUGGAUUCCCAAGGUCUGGCAGCAUCUCAACAAGUUCUUGGAGGCUCACAGUUCCUCUGAUGUUACUAUUGGUCCACGACUCUUUCUCUCUUGUCCAAUAGACGUGGAUGGUUCUAGGGUCUGGUUUACUGACUUGUGGAACUACUCUAUUAUCCCAUAUCUUUUGGAGGCAGUCAGAGAAGGACUACAGUUGUAUGGAAGGAGAGCUCCCUGGGAGGAUCCAGCCAAAUGGGUAAUGGACACGUAUCCCUGGGCAGCCACUCCACAGCACCACGAGUGGCCUCCGUUGCUGCAACUGCGGCCUGAAGAUGUUGGAUUUGAUGGGUACUCAAUGCCACGGGAAGGUUCAACUAGCAAACAAGUUCCCCCGAGUGACGCUGAAGGAGAUCCUUUGAUGAACAUGCUAAUGAGACUGCAAGAGGCAGCCAACUAUUCGAGCCCCCAGAGUUAUGACAGCGACUCCAACAGCAACAGCCAUCAUGAUGACAUCCUUGACUCAUCCUUGGAGUCGACGUUGUGAUCUUCAGCAGACAGAAAACAGGCGGUUUCCCACUGUCCCUCUCCUACUUUACAAGAAUCUUUAUCACAAACUAAUGAAGAUAACUUGUUACUGGACUGGGCAGAUGUCUCAGUAUUAGAGCUGCAAGAACAAGACACUUUAUUUGAGUCAGUCUUGAAUGUGGGUGCAGGUAACCCAAACAACUUUUGUACUGUUUUUCUUUUUACAAUUAUAAGAACUGCACUAUGUCUUUGUUUUGUUCUGUUUAGUUACUGUAAGCCCUCAUGCCUAAGAUACUGAAGACAUUUAAAAAAAACAAAACACUUCACAGCUAUGAAACAAACAGCAUUGUGCCAUGUACUGUCCAGAAGGAGAGGGGAGGAAUGUUUAUUGCCUAUGUUGCUUCUGACCAAACACAUUUGGGUGAGGGCUGGAUUUCUACGAAUCAGUUUUGCAGACUAACCUCAGCUGCGGAUAGUUCUGGUGCUAUAAUAUGUCGCUUGCCUUGAUAAUAAUGGUCCAUAAAAGGCAAAGCUGCAAGACAGGGAAAUUUAAAAUAAAUAUUAAAAUUAAAAAAAGCUGCUCUCCUUGCCAGUCUGAGACCUUGGCUUGCUUUCCUCUAUUUCACCAUGUGUUUAUAGAGAUUUACAGAUAUAUAAAUAGAAAUAUAUGUACAGUCUAAACAAAUCAGGUUUUUUUCAAACACUGUGUAACCAACCAUCCUACAGAAUUUUAAAGACCAAGUACCCCUUUGAUAUUCAGGGCUUGAUUCUCCUCUUACUUACACCAGUAAAACUCCAUUGACUGUAGUAGAGCUACUCCUGAUUUACACUGGUGUAAGUGAGCAAAAUUCACUCCUCUGCAAAGGGCCUAUGCCCCAUUUAAAUGCCAUAGCUUAAGUGGAACUUCAUAGGUGCAUAGGUUCUCUGUUCGCCCUAUGGAUAGGGGGUGAAUUUCACCCAAUUAGGGUAUAGUCAGGCCUUCAGUUUUUACCAUUUGUAUUAGAAUUUUAUAGCUGUUUUCUAAGACUUUUUUUGUCAGGGAUUUCUCUCUCUGACCAUUACAACUGCAAAAGGGGUUCAUUAAAGCUCAGCUCUGUAGGCAGGCCACUGCUACUCUGGUAACAUCAUUUAGUCUUGUUUGGUUUUUAAAUAGCAGAAAGUAGUAUUUUGGCGGUUCAUCGAAGCUGUCUUAUCCAGGUCUUAAAAAGGGGGGUACUAUCUCUUUAAAGUUUAAAAGUUGCUCAUGGGUUAUGGCUGAGCUGUGAACCUGAUUCUUUGUUUCUCCUCCUCCUCUCCACACGCACACAAUACAGUUUCAGUAUUAAGGCUUGUACUUCUGUUGGGGAGCAAGAACACCUCACAAAGAAUUGCACUUUCCUUUCCUGGGGAGCAAAUACUUUCAAUAAAGCCACCACACAUCAGCUGUCUCAGGCUGAACUCAGCAAGAGCCGCAGUCCUCAACAUUGAUCUGUACAAGCCUUUCCAGCUAUAUUUCGGUGCUGAAUUUUAAAGCGAUGCCUUACUUAUUUUGUACUAAUUGUAUUAAUUACAUUAGUGCUGUAUAUUAUGGGGUUUUAUGUAAGUAAACAAACAGGGCUAAACAAGUCAUCUCUUGGAAUAUAAUAACAAAUUGCUGUGAAUAUUGUUUGUGUGAAAUAUUAGAUUUUGUUUAAAUGUGACGGUAACAAAAGGAGGGAAAUGAGAUAACCUUUCAGGUUCAUAUCAAUCUGCAGCUAAUAGAUCAUUGGAUAACUGUUUAUUCAAUGCAAGAAAAAAAAAAGCUUUUCUAUGAUGAAAAAUGCUAUCGCUACUAAACUACAAAAAGCGAUAGCUGUUUUUUCAGUGUACAGGUAGAAAACUUAUUACAGACACUUUUUUUUAAGAGCUUGUUAAUCCUUCUGGGUUUAAAAUAAUGUAACAGACACAAGUUCAUGCUUCUGUGACUCAGUUUGAAUGGAUAAUUUUAUUAUCCCUUAUGACUUUCUACUAUCUGUGAUUUGACUGUAGUUACUUUUUUGUCUUUAUCCAAUGAGAGCUGGUCAUGAAUCGGCUCCCAUUACAGCUUUCAAGUCUUGAUGAUCUUUUUAAAAAAAGAAAUUGUAAAAGAAUAAGUAAAAUAUUUUAAUGAUGGGGAGGGGAAAAUCCCCUGAGCUGGUGUCACUGCUUUAACCUUGCUGAACUCUAAUUUAGAUUAUAUCAUUUAAAUGGAAGGCAAAGUGUUACUCAAUCAACCUUAUUAAACCAGAUCUUCUUACUGUAAAAUGGGCUACACUCCUAUGGAAUCAUAUGCAGCGCGUGCUGAUGAGUUAGAGUGAUUCAUUUCUCAGCAAUCUGACAAUUCUGCUUCCCAGCACUGACUUUACCUGCUACUACGGUGAAUCUGGGUAGAAACUGAAUACCUGAACCUGAGACUGAAUCCAUGCAAGUAGAUCCUUGUGCCUGGGUGGAUCUGUUUGCAGGAUAGAGCCUAAUCUAACUUAACAUCACAGCAUUUCUCAGCAAACUUUUAACUGAACCCUACAAAUACAUUUGAAAUUGUCAGAUAAUUGUUUGUUUUUAAUCCUGUGUUCAGAUGCAGGAAAGGGGUUCUAUCUAUCUGCUCCUCUCUGAUUGACAAAAAUUUGGGGUACUGUAAAAGAGGCGACUUUGAGUAGGUUAGUCAUUUUAAUCUUCACAAAACUCAGUGUCCUUUCUGAAACUUCGGGAAGCAGGGUUAUCUGUUAUGCACAUUUCUUAUCUUCAUCCUGAUUUCAGUAUAGCUUAGUAAACUUUGUUUUUAAUGAAUUUGUUCUCAUUUUAAGGCUUUGUCCAAAAUGCUUCCAAUUUUUUUGCCUUUUUUCUACAAAGUUGGCUUGUUUUUUUUAAAAAACAAAAAAAACAAACAAGAUUCUAUGCAACAUUUAUGUUGAGUUAUAAAUUGGAAGCUUAAACCAUUUCUUUUCCUUCAGAACUGCCAAGAAUUGUACAGGCCAUAACUGAAACAUGGAGACAGUUUUAGUUGAGGGUGGGUUUGGCUAGCUUUUUUUUUUGUACAUUUUGGAAGAAAAAACUAUUUCAUUGUUGAUGCUUAACUUCGAUAUUAUGUGUAUUGAAUCUUGUCUAAAUGUGGCAAUUCUUUCAAGAAAAACAAAAAACAAAAAAAAAGUCUUUGUGGAUAUUAAAUGGAAGGUUACUGUUUUGAUCUAGUUGUUUCCAGUGGAACAGUUUAUGAAAUAUGUUCUAUAAGAUGUACAUUUUUUCACUGUAACAUAGAAAUGUAAAUAUUUGAUUAAAAGUGCUGCAUUUUGAUGAAUUUUUUCUAGCCAUUUUUAAAGAGAAAACUAGGAAUUGAGUAUUUUGUGUACGGUAUGAUGUUUGCCAUCUGUUCCCCUCCCUAUUUAAUUUUCAGUUGUCAUUUAGGAUUGGAAUUUGCAAAUGGUCUGUUUGAGAUCAUGGCCUCCGCCCCCAAUGUCAUGGAAAAUAAAGCUGAUGAUUGUACCAGUCUUAAAUUAUUCAUGAUUCAAUAAAAUUGAUACUUAUUUAUUCAGA